CAGCAAUUCCUGCCUCAAAAUUAAAUCCGUGCAUGUCCCUAUAUAUACAACUCUCCGUUUCCAAACUUUUUCAACAUCUCAAAAUCAUCAAUCCAAUCCAAGGCAUUUUCUCUCUAGAAGAAGAUAAAAAAGAUCAACAAUGGCGUUCACACAAACACAUUUCAGAUCAAUCAGUCUGCCUUCAAGACUAGAUCAAGUGAGCUCAAAGAGUUUGGAAUCGGAGUUGGAGAAAUUGAAAUGUGGAUCUGGUAGCUCAGAGUCGGUUCAAUCUGGACUCGUGGCGCUUGCACAACUCUACAAUUCCGUUGAAGAAUUCACUCAGAAAUCAGCAUUUCAUCAUCAAGAUGAGAAAUCGAUGGAGGAAUCUCUCUCGCAGUCGGUCGAUCUGCUUGACGCGUGCAGCGCCAUCAGAGAGGUGCUUCAGAUGAUGAGAGAAAACGUCCACGCGCUUCAAUCGGCGAUGCGGAGGAAGGGCACGGAUUCCUCCGUCCAAAACGACGUCGCCGCCUACUUCUCCUUGAGGAAGAAGAUGCAGAAAACCGUCGCCAAAACCCUAAAAAACCUUAAGAAAUCGGAGAGCGCGAUCAUCAAGAGCGGAUCGAAUCAGCAUUCAGUAAGUGCUGAAGGCGAUUUCAGCUUCGUCUUCAGGCAAAUCGCCGGGAUCACCAUCGCGAAUUUCAGGAGUGUGCUGGUGUUUCUGUCGUACGCGGCGGCGCGGCCCAGCGGCUGGUCGCUGGUUUCGAAGUUUGUGGCUGCGAAAUCCGGCAAUGAUAGCGACUCUGUGAAUGAGGUUGAGAAUUUGGAUUUGGGUCUUCAAGGGAAAAUGACGAGUGAUGUGCAGAAACGGUUGCAAGUUGUUGAUGAAAUUAUUGAAGAAUUUGAGGGAGGAUUGGAGAGAUUGUUCAGACAAUUGGUUCAAACUAGGGUUACCUUGUUGAACAUUCUUACCAAUCAAUGAUCAUUGAUAUAUAGAUUCAUUCUAGUAAAUACUCCAUUUCCUUGUAUAACUGUAAUUGAUGGAUAUCAUAUUAGUAUACUACGAUUAACAAUUUUUGAUA